AGAGAGAAAGAGAGAGAGAGAGCGAGCUCAGAGCUCAGCCUUUGCAAAGGACGGUGGUGAGACAAGUGCUUCCAUUGCCUGCCCUGGUGGGUGUGCGGCCACACUCCUCCCCUCGCCGCCGCGGUAGCUCCCAGCAGCGCCCGCAGUCCUCCUGCCACCACUAGUUCCAAUGUCACCUUGGCCUGCCCCCUGCACUGCUGGGCAGAGGCCUGUGCUAGCCCGGCCGUGGCGGCAGCCUGCUCAGCUCGGAUGUUUGUCUCGGGGAGCGCGCCGGCCGCCCUGCUGGAGACGGGCCGGCCCCCAGGGUCACAGCGGCCAAAUAAGGACAUCAACUUCAGGACCAUGCACCGCACCCCCCGGGACUCGGGCUCCCGCAGCAUCCCCAUCCCCGAGGACAGGAAGCUGUAUGUCGUGGACUCCAUCAACGACCUGCACAGACUCAACUUCUGCCCCGAGGGGUCCCAGCAUCUGCUCACGCCGGAGGAGAAGACCCUGGAGGCCAGCACUCGCUCGGGCGAUGGGCGCUCCCGGCUGCUCUUCCUGGGGCUGGUCCUCGCGCUGAUGGUCAGCCUGGUGCUGGUCGCCUUGGUGACCUUCCUCAUCAUUCAGACCGGAAGCAAGAUGGACAACGUGUCGAGGAGACUGGCGGCUGAGGGGAGGGACAUAGAGGAGCUCAAGAAACUCAACCGCAUGAUCGUCAAGCGACUCAACCAACUGGAGUCGGCCCAGAACUAGAGACGAUCUUCCCAGCGCAGCUGCCGACCCCGGGCUUCCGCUCGGCGGGGCCUGUGCGGGGCCAGAAGCCGAGCCCAGCGCCCCUGCCGCCAGCCCACUCCCCGGGCAGAGAGCCCGCCCUGGGCCAGCCCUGCCGCCGGGAUGGGAACCACCGCAGGGCAAGGGGCCUGGGACCAGCAGCCACGGGACUCAUUUCACGGCCCAGUCCUUCCGCUUUAAAGGGGCGAGGGGGUGGCUGGCAUGAAGGACAACCCUGUGCCGAUUCUCUUACCAAGGUGCUUCGUCACCAGAGCGAGGCCACAGUCCCAGGAAGGUCCCGGUGCCUCCCACCUCUUUGUAAGCUCCCACGAUGAGGGAGGGCAUUCCUGUCCCAGGGAACUGGGUGGUGACAGAUCAUCUUUUUAAUAAAAGAGAUUCUGCUCAGGG